UGUUAAAAGCGCUAUAUAAAAAUAAAAAUUAUUUGAUUUAUUUUCAUAUAUAUUCAUUACUGGUAUGAACGCAGCACUACGAGUAAGAGUUAUUACAGGCGGUCAGUGUUUGUCUGGCGGGUGAGUGUGAGUCCGGAAGCGGUUGUUUUUCCCUGAAGCUGGAAUGUGUGUCUGGACUCUCAGAGCUGCUCUUCACAGGGAGAAGUCAUUCCUGCUUCACGGUCACAUGAAGAUGGACGGGGCACUCGGCCUGAUCGUCCUGUGGAUCUGCGCGGGCUCUGUGAGCUACGGGACACACGCCGCUCUCAUGGAGAAACUGGCAGACUUCAAGAUCUGUGCAGACAAGGACUGUUCGUAUGUGCUUUCAAUGGCUGAAGCUGUUGAAGACUACGUGGCUUCAGACUGCAGAUACAUAAACCUGAGACGAGGCCAGAUGAUCUAUGUGUUUUCUAAACUCAAGCCUGCAGAGGGAGCCGGAGUCUUCUGGUCUGGAAGUGUCUACGGCGAGCGCUAUGUAGACCAGAUGGGUGUGAUCGGAUAUUUCCCCAGUAACCAUGUCAACGAGACUCACGUUUUUCAGAAAGAAACCAUUGAGAUCCCAACCACUGACAUGGACUUCUUUUGCGCUUGAAGAAAGCUCCUCUCAACCAUUUUGACUCUUCAUGUUCACAACAUUUUGUUCAAAACUUUAAUCUAUGGGUACUCGCUACUAGUUAAAGAGCUAUGCAAAUGCAUCAAAAGAAAUGAAUAGUUUCUGAAAAGUGAAAUAAGGCACUGAAAUAAUAAAAAUUAAAAGAGGAGGCCAAGUAAUUUACCCAACUUUUCUAGUUGUAUAAGAAUCAAGAAUAGUAAUUGAAAAAUAUUCAUUCUCACAGAAAAAUCUUAGUUUUGCAUAAGAUAAAUUUAUAUUCUUUUUUAAAAAGGCCACAAACUUUGUAUUUAGUCUACCCCAUAUAGGUUUUCCAAUACAUUUUUCAAAGUUAGCUUUAGUUCUAAAUGUAAUUAAGAUUAAAUUUGAUUUGACUUGAUUUUGAACACAUUUCAACAAAAAUAUUUCACUUACCAAGGGG